CUGCUCCUGUGGGAAAAUCACUCGCCCACGCUCACAACUGACUCUCUAUCUUCCUCUCCCUCCCUCUGCUGAUCCCUUGUUUCCUGCUGUGUUUCUUCAUCCUUCCUUCAGAGCCACCUCACUAGGAUCCAACCAGGAUCCACAAACCAGCUCUUCAAGGAAAUGGCUUCCAAACAGCCAAUUGGCUACAAAUGUUGCAUAGCAGGAGUGCUGCUUCUCCUCUUGGCCAGCGUUGCCGCCCUAGUUGCUGUUGCUGUCAUCCAGGACACCUGGAGGUUCAACGACUACAGCUAUGAGUAUGGCAUCGUGAUAGACUCAGGUUCAUCACGUUCCAAUAUUUACCUGUACAAGUGGCCGGGGGAGAAAGAAAAUGAAACAGGAGUGGUGACUGAGCAAAUGAACUGUAAAGUUGCCGGUGAUGGUAUCUCCGAGAUGAAAGUUGACAAGGAAAAAGAUGCCAAGUCAAUGGCGGCAUUUAAAGUGUGCAUUAAAGACAUCACCGAAGCCAUUCCUGCUGAAAAAUGCAAAACCACAACUCUUUUUCUAGGAGCAACUGCUGGAAUGAGACUGCUACAGCAAGAGAACAAACAGAGGUCAAGUGAAAUCAUGGAAGAUCUUAGGGAAUACCUGUCGUCUCUGCCUUUCGUCUUCCAAAACGCUUCCAUUAUUUCUGGACAAGAAGAAGGGCUGUAUGGGUGGAUUACUGUCAACUACCUGAUGGGGAACUUACUAGAGAAAAACACAUGGAACAAAUAUGUGCGCCCUCAAGGGGAAAAGACUGUAGGGUCCAUGGACCUUGGUGGAGCUUCAACACAGAUCGCAUUUGCUGUCCAGAGUAAUCUCAGUGGGCCGGACUACUUACCUGUCAAACUGUACGGUUACCCUUACAAUGUCUACACACACAGUUUCCUCUGCUAUGGCAAAAAUGAGGCUGGGAAGAUGGUUCUGGACAAAGUAGUGCGGGAGUCAUCUCACCUAAACUACAUUCCUAACCCAUGCUACCCUAAGGGUUACAACGUCACCUUGAGCGCAUCAUCCAUUUAUGACACACAGUGCACUAAGAUACCAAACGACUACAAACCAGAUCAACAACUCUUCUUUGUGGGUACUGGCAACUCGGACAUGUGCCUAAGCAUGGUGAAGAGGAUCUUUGAUUUCCAGACAUGUUCUUCAACCCAGUGUUCCUUCAAUGGGGUCGAGCAGCCACCAGUCACUGGAGAAUUUAUGGCAUAUGCAGGAUUCUUCUAUACUAGUAAGGCGAUUGGGUUGGAAGGGAAAUCCGAUCUCGAUCAAUUCAAUGCUUCAUGUACUCAAUUCUGCGAAGAAAAGUGGACGGUGUUGAAGGAAGAGAAGACUGGGAUCAGUGACAGAUACCUUAGGACCUAUUGUUUUUCAUCUCACUAUGUGUUCACUUUGCUGGCAGACGGAUACAAGUUUGACAAAGAAACGUGGAAAAACAUUAACUUCCAAAAAGAGGUAAAGGACACCAACAUUGGUUGGAGUUUGGGUUACAUGCUGACUUUGUCCAACAUGAUCCCGUCUGAAGUGAAAGAAAUCCUCCCCAUGACAGAUCCCCUGUUUGCCGGUCUUAUCUUUCUAUUUUCAGCACUCAUCAUCAUAACUGUUGUUUUAGUUUUCAUCUUCCUCAUUCGCACCUGCUACUGAGAGAAGUGUGAGAAAGGGAAUGGCCAUUAGAAGCCUUGUGGGUUGCUGUUAUCCUUUAACUAGAAGGAGAGCACUACAGCAGCAUGUGCCUGCCAAGACAAUUGCGCCGAAAGUAACUAAGGGGAAUUUUCUAGUUUGUGCCUUUAACUGCCAUCUGUGUCAAUUGUGAGGGUUUAUAAAAACGUAAGAGACUCAAAAAUGAAAUAAAAUCAUCUCCAGUGUAUCCCGUUAGUGACUUUGAAUAGACUGGUUAUAAUAAAACGGUAAAAAACGUAUCCAAAGAAGACUUUCAAAAUGUUACAAUUGACACACAGGGUAAGUAAAAGGAUGCAAAAACUGGUGACACAGUGGUCUAUGAAUGCUGCAGAGAUAAUGAAAGAGCACCCGGGAAUUUCGACGUGCCUGUUCUUGUCGAACAUUGUGUAAAAAAAGAAGAAGCAUGAGCAACUGAAUCACUGAUUGAUUCUGUUGAUUCCCCUGUAUUAUACAUGUAGUUGCACUGUAUGGUUCCACUUUUACAAGCUAAAUGGUAGCACUUUGCCAAAGCCAGUGUUUUAAAAUAUACUGUACCUAACUCUGUAAUCCUGCUAAUAAUCUUUUUUUGAUAUCACAUAGUGAAUGACCUCAUUGAAAACCAGUGGUGCACAUCAACACUCCCCAUUUAAUGAAUGAAAACCUCCCUAAUAAACAAUGUAUUCAAUGUGC